AUGUCGUGGGUACGUACUGACCAUCCUAAGAGCAGUGGUAAGACCUCAAUAUCUGAUGACAUCAACAAGAGAAUCUUCACUGUGAUCAUGACUGACCUGGUGUCAAGGGACUCUAAUACUUACAGGUGUGUUGUGGAGAUCAAUGGAGGAACAGAUUUCAUGAUACAAAGGUUCUACCUGUCUGUCACUCCAGGUACUCCAGAACUCUAUGUGGAACAACAGGAAGUGUCUGGAGUAGAAGGAGGGAGUGUCACUGUCUGUUGUUACUAUAGUAACUCUGGAGACAUGAAGUGGUGCAGGAUGGGUGGUGAUUGUGUGAGUGGGUUUUCUGGGACUUUAAAUGGAACAUCAGUGACAUUAACGCGGACUAGUGAUGCCAACAACAGAACAGUCUUUACAGUGACUAUGAGUGGACUGAAGAUGGAGAACACUGACUGGUAUUGGUGUAGAGUUGGAGAACUAGAGAUGCCUGUUCACAUCACUGUCAGUCAACAAACUGCAACACAGAGAACCUCUAAGAUGACCUCAACAACCCAAGAUCCAACCCCUCAACAACCCUCUGCCUCUCCAACUGCUGAGCCUGUUCAGACUGACAACACAAGUCAAGGAGCUGAGGGGAACAUGGAGGAAGUCCACCAGAGGUCCAUAGAUGUGAAAGUCCUACUCAUCUCUCUGGGCAUGUUGGUGGUGGUGACAGCUGGUAUCCUAGUAACGUGGAAUAUGUGGAGAAGGCAUAAGGACAAUAAGGCCAAGGACCAGACAACAAACAACUCAGUGAGCCCAAACCCAGGGAGCCACCAUGACGUGAUGUACAGCACUGUGAUGCCUGAUCAGUUCAGGACAGAAGAGAAGGAUCCAUUUCCUGAAGCUGAGGAUGAUGUCACAUACAGCACUGUCAUCCUCCAGCACAAGACCCAACUAAAAGGACAGACCAAGUCAGCAGAACCAGAUGAUAAUGUGGUCUACAGCUCACUAGCUCUACAGGUGACCACACAGCAGAGGGCAGCAGCAGCACAGUAGUGACUGACAGAGAAGACCUUCCUUUUACUGGAAGGACAGAACACUCCUCUCUCCUUGGUCACAACAUCUGUCUGCCUCCAAUAUGAUUCUGUCAUUCCUCUUAACCCAUCCCAAGAAGACACCUCUAUCCUUUAGUGUAAUAAACUACUGAAGGCAGUCUGCUGUGUUUGUUCUGAUUAUCAUCACAUUUCUGUUAUUAGUUAUGUUCCACCACCUUUCCCCUUGUCUCUUAUUUCUUACAUCAUGAUCUUAUUGAUCUAGUUUAAUGUCCUAUGGCUGUAACUAAUCAUGAUCAAACGUGU